GCUGUUGCUAGGGGAGGAGCGGCGGGGCGGUGGAGCGCUGCAGCAGGCGACCACGACCCACGCUCCGCUCUCCCGCUUAGUCUCCCGCGUCGCCUGUUGCUGGUUCCUCUCGGCCGCCGUUUCGCGCAGGGACAGACAGCCCGAGAGGGGGUCAGGGAGCGGGCAUCUUCCGUCUCCCGCCUCUCCCCGCUCACAGGUGGACGCGAGUGUGUCCCAGCGCGUGGACGCCAGUGAGUCCCCCGGCGCGCCCCAGAACGCGCGAGCCAAGACUUCGGGCGCGGAGCGGCUAUGAAUGGGACCUUCCUGAACCACAGCGGUCUGGAGGCGGCGGGCGGCUUGGGCGGCGGCGGCGGGGCAGCCCUAGGGAACCGCAGCCACGGGCUGGCCACGUGGCUAGGCUGCUGCCCCGGGGGCGCGCCGCUGUCCGCCAGCGAUGGUGUCCCCGCGGGGCUGGUGCUCGAUGAGCGUAGUCUGUGGGUGUCGCGUGUGUCUCAAAUCGCCGUGCUCUGCGUGCUGUCGCUCACCGUGGUCUUCGGCGUUUUCUUCUUGGGCUGCAACCUGCUCAUCAAGUCGGAGAGUAUGAUCAACUUUCUGGUGCAGGAGCGCCGGCCCUCCAAGGACGUGGGCGCGGCGAUCCUAGGGCUGUACUGAGCGCCACCUGGGCCCGCCCUCGCUGGAAGGACACGGAAAUGGGAGGCCAGGACCCUCGACCCCCUCUCGGGGCUCUGAGCGAGGGGCAACGACUUGCCGCGGGCGCCCGGGUCCGGGACACUGCGGGACUCGAGGCGGCGGCGCGGGAAGGGACUGUCACACCUGGCUCCGUCCUGUGUGCGCAUCAGCGUUGGGGAAAGGGGAGAAGGAUGGGGGUUCUUAACCGUUUUUUACAAAAUAAGUUGGGCGGGAUGGGAGAAGUUAUGAGAUGCAACUUGGGGCUAAGGUCACUCGCAUGGUAAAUUUGUGUAUAUGUAGGUAGGGUGGUGUGGGGGCGAGAUACAGCAGGGUGGUGGGGGCGAGUUGUUGACGAAUCCGAGUCGCAGAGCUUGUGGGCGACUUGAUUUUGCAUUUGAAAAUAAAUCUUGUAAUAAAACUGCAGCCGUCGGGCUUCUGGCAGCUCCCCACCGGAGCCUCUGUGGGGUGUGUGUGGGGUGUGUGUUUGUGGGAACGGGGUGAGUGGGAGGUGUGUAUCCUAGCAGCAAUCGCUUUAAGCUGGUCACUGGACACCUGGCCACAGGACUGGGAGCCAUCGGGCGUUCCUGAGGUCGGUCUCCCAAAACGGAGAAAAGGAACCGUUUUUCUACACUGACAGCCAGCCAGCCACGGAGGCGCAGGUCCUGCAGGACCGCAGCACAGUUGGUGAGAUUAAUUAAAUCACUGGGAAAUUUGAUCUAUUCUGUGAGAUGAAAAAAAAAAUCAGUGACUUGCGUCCCAAAGGGGAAAACAACAAAAUUAAUACAUUAGGACAGUGCACAAAUAAAAUUUAUUUUAGGGGGAACUAGAGCUAGUUAAAAAAUUAAAUUAUAGUGCCCAAAGCUCCAUUUCAAGGCUCGUUUUGACCCCACCCUUGUAGAGGGUAGGUGAGUAGAUUCUGAAGUGUCCUUGGUUUGGGGAGGUGGAUGAGGGGGCGGUAAGCUUGGGAGAGGGUUUUGUGGUCAGGAUCCAGGACAUUUAAAACGGUGAAAAUGGCCUCCAAAUGCUGUGUGUUUAGAAAUUGGGAACCUCUCAUUAUAAGAUGCCCCCUGCUGACCAGAACCCUGGCACCUCUUGUAUGUAGGUGUGGAAUUUCCUUAAAACUGUGUUAAACUGUAAGAACCUUGGUACUCCAUGGCCAAGGGGGAGCAGGUGGCUCUGCUGUCUGCAAGUGCCUGGCCUGGGGGCUGAAACUGGGGGUAGGAGGACAGGAGGAAAGAAAGCUGGACUUGGGAUAGCCUGUGUACACAUAUCCCCUUAGCCCUAGUGCCAACCCCACUCUGGCACCCUGGUGCUUGGAAGAUUUUGGGGGGAGAAUUCUAAUGCAUUUCUCCCUUUGCUCUCUUUUGCCACGGAUGGAAGUGAAGGUUAAUGAGAAGGAAGAAGGCUGAGCUUCACUUGGCUUUGGGAAGAGGGGGAAAGGGAACACCAUCAUCUCAUGUCUUCAGCAGUAGUUCAUAGAAGGGGGCAGUAUCUCAACGAAAGCAUAGAUGGUCACUGACUGUGAAGGAUCCAGGAUCUUCCUGGCUCCUGAGUCGUCCUGUGUAGUCAGAAUCAUCACCGUCAGGAUGUGUCCCCUUCCCCCAUCCCCACACCCCACCUCAGCCUCAGACAGGGGAAGAGUUUGUCCAGUUAGGACAGGCCAGUAAAGGCCAGGGGCCAGAGACCACUUGCAAAGUGUUUAUGGUGCAAAAGUCCCAAUGUGGAGAAUGUUCUAUUGACAGUUUGGUGUCACUUGCACGUGGCCCAGCCUGAUCCGGAGAGAGCAGCCUUUAAUGAUUUGGGCAACCUGGGUAUCUGGUUUCGUGUAGCACAGGUGGCUGGAGCCUGGGCUGACCCAGUGGCCUGAAGAAUGCGGCUCAGACAAACUCCAAAUCACCAGAAAAUGGGAGUUUCAGGAGGAACAGGAACUUAGACACUGAUUUCCGGCUAACCAAUUUAGAAUGAACACUAUGAGAAGUUUCUUUCUUGCUUUUUUUUUUUUU